AAAAUUUAAAAAAAACUGAUUUUUAUUCAAAAUUUUUAGUCAAUCUCGACCCGAUUUGUCUGCAUUAUUAUUAUGAUCAAGAUCAACGUUGAGGUCACCCACGCGCUGAAAAUUUUCUGCUCGGCGACCUUCUUCAUCGCAAUCGUGAUCGGAACCAACGCCCAUGUUUCGUGUCGGUUGACGCGAUAUUGGGAAGAUUGCCAGCUUAACCACAGUUCGAUCAGUCCCAGAGCUGCGUACUGGAUGGAAAUCGUGUUCAUCGUGUUCGCCUUGUUGUCCUUUCUGGGGGCCAUUCUCAACUUUAUGUGGGCAUGGAUUUGGACCCCGGAUAGGCUCCUGGAUGCCGGGUGUCAAGCCCUCGCCGGACUUUUGACCUUGAUCUGCGGGGCGUUAAUGAUCGCGGCGGUCUUGCACAUUGACAACAAGCUUAAUGAUCCCAGCUUGGUGACAGAAUGGGACAAACCUAUUCGGAGAAGUCAGGAUUAUUAUACUGACAAGAUCGCAGCUGGGGUGUUCUCCUUUUUGGCCAGUUUGCUGUACUUUGCGUCUGCCGGGGUCCUUUUACUUAGAAGAGGAAACGACCAAGAUGAAAAAUAA